AUGUCGGAAAAAGCCACAUACAGCCAGUUCGCCUGUAUUGGCACAGGAUUCUCUGGCAUAGCACUGGGGUGCACCAUUAAGCGGUGGUAUGGGAUCACCGACAUUCGCCUCUUCGAAAAGAAGAGCGAUUUGGGAGGCACAUGGCUUGCCAAUCAGUAUCCAGGAUGUGCCUGCGAUGUUCCCAGCUUGCUCUACAGCUUCUCUUUUGCUCCUAAUCCCAAGUGGAGUAAAAUCCUGCCGUCCCACCAAGAGGUCUGGCAGUAUCUCGACGAUGUAGCGACGCAAUAUGGCCUCCGCGAGAAGAUGAGCUUCAACUCUUGCGUAGAGAGGUGCGAAUGGAUCGAGCAGUCAGGACGAUGGCGCAUCACGGGCAGAAACACCAUCUCCGACACUUCUUUUGUGCACGAGUGUCAGUUCCUCUUUAGCGGCUCGGGCCUCUUGGUAUAUCCUCGCAAGCCAGAUCUCCCAAACAUUGAAAACUUCGACGGCCCUGUAUUCCACGCUGCCGAGUGGCGGCACGAUGUUGACCUGACAAACAAGAAAGUCGCCCUCAUCGGCAAUGGCUGCUCAGCUUCACAAAUUGUACCCAACAUCAAGGAUCAGGCAAAGCAUGUGACGCAGUUUGUGCGCACCAAACACUGGAUUAUUCCUCCCGUCCAGGUACCCAACGUGAAGCUAUUCCAGUGGAUGUUUAUGCAUAUACCAGGGUUUCUCAAACUCACUCGCUUCCUCUUCUUUGUGAUUUUGGAAAACGAGAUGAGGGGUUUCUACAUGACCAAGGCGGCGGCUGCGGUUCGUCGUUCCAAUACAGCCGAAGCCGUGCGAUAUAUAAAGAAAAAGGCUCCCGAAAAGUACUACGAUAAGCUGAUUCCCGAUUUCGAGAUGGGUUGCAAGCGACGCAUUUACGAUCCAAACUAUCUGACCAGCCUGCACUCGGAGAAUGUCACCCUUCGGGACGACGCAAUCGAGGAAGUGACACCAACGGGGAUUCGCUCCAAGGAUGGCUAUACCGAUAUUGACGUUAUCGUGUUCGCCAGUGGCUAUGAAACAAACAGCUUUUGCACAAAUAUUGACAUUGUCGGCCGGCAAGGCGUGACGGCAGAGGAGCACUGGAAAUCUCUAGGCGGGCCAGGGGCGUACAACACUACGUCUCUCAGCGGCUUCCCAAAUCUCUUUCUGAUACUCGGACCAAACAGCGCCACAGGCCACACGUCGACAAUCAUGGCUGUUGAAAACUCCAUCAACUACGCUCUCCGGCUGAUCAAGCCCAUCCUUCAAGGCAAAGCUAUGGCUGUAGAUGUCAGUCUCGACGCAGAGAAACAGUACAUUGACCAGAUCCAGACCGACCUCCAACAAACCGUCUGGCUUUCCGGCGGGUGCAACAACUGGUAUAACAGGGCUCAGGAUGGAUCCAGGCAUAAUGGGAUGUCAUAUCCCUACUCACAGCCCUACUUCUGGUACCGAUGUCUAUUCCCGAUAUACAAGGAUUUUCAAUACGAUGUGAGCCUAGGCUUUCUCUCUUUUCUUUUUGUCCUCCACAAAGAGAUAAUCUUCUAA